CACCGCCAUCCGCUCACCGGCCUCCGGGACGCGCCGCACUCUCCGUCCGGGAUGGAGAAAGACGCCUCUGAUCCGGACCCAUCCCACCAGCGGAACGGGUUCGUGGGCGUACUGUACGGGGAGUUCACCGACAUGCUCAACGACAGGGUCCGCUACUCGGUGAGCUUGACGGAGAGCGCCCUGACCAUCCAAAGAAUCUCCUCUUCACCCGGCCGGACUAAGGUGGUUUUUAACUUGACCGACUGUAUCGGCUGUCGGGCGUAUAGAGGGCCGGACCGCGCGGACGUCGGCGCUUACUUUACAGCCUAUUUCUACCCGUUCAAGAGGCGCUGGAUGAGCGCCGGAGUCACCCGGCAAAGAGUGGAGCAGUGCUUUCGGGUCGCGCUGGUCCAGGACCCGCUCGCCAACCUGCAGGAGGCUGAGAGGUGGGCUCAUGCCAUCAGAGAUGCCUCAGUGCUUCAGGCGCCCCGGAGAGACGGUGUGGUGUAUACAGAGGUGCGUCGGCCUUGCAGAAUCAUGAUACUGGUGAAUCCUCAGAGCGGGCGCGGACAGGCUCUCCAGCUUUUCACUGGCCACAUACAGGGCAUGCUCACGGAGGCCUCUCUUCCCUACACACUUGUCAUCACAGAGCGUCAGAACCACGCGCGGGAGCUGGUGAGAAAGGCGGACCUGUCGCAGUGGGAUGCACUGGUCAUCAUGUCUGGAGACGGGCUGCUGUUUGAGGUGAUAAAUGGUCUUAUGGAGCGAGAGGACUGGCAAGAGGCCAUUCAGACCCCUCUGGGUAUUCUACCAGGUGGCUCCGGCAAUGCCCUGGCUGCGUCCAUCCACCACUACUCACAGUCACCUCCAGCGUGGAAUGAGGAGCUUCUGUUGAGCUGUGGCUUCAUGCUGUGCAAAGGCCUAGUUGGCCCUAUGGAUCUGGUGUCAAUCCACUUAGCCUCUAAACAGCGCCUCUUCUCGUUCCUCUCUCUGGCCUGGGGCUUUGUGGCAGAUGUUGAUAUUGAGAGCGAGAAGUACCGCCAUGUUGGAGCUAUCCGCUUCCUCAUGGGCACCCUGGUGCGUCUGGCCUCACUCAGAGUGUAUCAGGGCAAGUUAGCAUACCUUCCUGUGAAGGAAGCACCAAAACCUCCAAAAGGGAGCAUCACGACAAACCACCCACCAGCCACACCUCAACACCCCUCACUCUGCUCUUCCCUUCCCUGUAAGCUCCUCCCCAACACUUCUCUAAACCAGAGCUCUUGCCACAGCACAAACUCAAACCACAACACCAGAACCAAUUCUUCCAACAAUGCCAUCACCACCAAAAGGUCUCAGAUCGAGAGUGAUAGCAAGACCAGAACCCAUGUAGACUCUCUACUUCCUGGCCUGGACCAGCCUGUCCCAGAGAGCUGGACAGUGGUCAAGGAAGAAGACUUUGUCUUGGUGCUGGCUAUUUACCAGUCUCACCUGGCUGAGGACCUGUGGACAGUCCCUGGUGCAAUGGCAGACGACGGUCUGAUUCAUCUGUUCUAUGUAACAGCAGGAAUCUCCCGGCCUGCCCUCUUGCGUCUCUUCCUUGCCAUGGAGAAGGGUGCCCACUUGGCAUAUGGCUGCCCACACCUGGUGUAUGAGAAGGUGAAGGCUCUUCGACUGGAGCCCAUCACUCCACAAGGCAUGAUCACUGUAGAUGGAGAAGUGGUGGAGUAUGGGCCGGUUCAGGCUCAGAUCCACCCAGGACUAGCUAGAUUUAUAUGCGGAUGAAAUUGGAGCAUCAUAUUAAGCUUCAUCCCCCUCUGAACCCCACUCCAUCUUCCUGAGUGUGUAAACUUCCAUCAGCUGGCAAUGCAUUAAGUGCUGGGAAGGUAGACAGAAACCCGGCCACCUGGGGUUACACCUCCACCGCCGGCCGCUCCUUUUCCUGCCUUGUUCUCCCACCCUGUUCCAUCUACAACCAUCAUUAAACCGUAGGAUCUGCCUCCACUCGGAUACACACUCUCACUUUCUUUCCCCUUCCCCCUCCUCUGAUGCACACAUACACACACGAUCCCUUACAUCUCUGCAGCACUUAGCGAGGGGGAGGGGCAUGGUCUGCUGCUGUGCAUAUGAUCCCCUCUUCUCUUGCUGUCUUAAAGAUUGUACUCAUUCUCUCCCUCCCUCAGUUAACGAGCCAUCAGCACCUAAUGUGUCCUUAAUAUGAGGCUUUACAUCUUUAAAACCAUGCUAAAUAGAGACUGUUUUUUUUAAUCAUAUGAAAGCUUUUAAGUAUGCUUCAAACACAUAUUAGACUGGUUGAAAGAGACUUAAAUGGAGAAAGUAGGAUUUCAUUUUGUGUCUGUCAGCAUUGAAUAUUGAGAGGCAUGCGAUCAAUGUUAGCUCGGGGGAGUCAAAAGCUGUGUGUGGCCUUUCUGCUGGCUGUCAGCGCUGUGGUGAUGAGCAUUAGUGUGCUGCAGAAGAGGAGAGUGCAAAUGUUAGCAUUAUAAUCAGUGCCCCCUACACACACACACACACGCGCGCACACACACACACACACGCUCACACCAGUUUAUUUCAGGUCACAAUAGCAGCACCAGGACCCGUUCAUCCACAGGUAUGGAGCAGCAGAAAAUAUCUCGUUUCAACAGCGAGCCAUCUUUCCUGACAUAAAAUAAUAAUAAUAAUAACAACAAAACAAGUAAUAAUCGUGUUAACAGGACAAGAAAAGAUCGGACUGUCUGAAUGUUGAUGCGUCUGCUAAAAAACAAAAUCACCUCUAAUGCUGAAAGUGAAAAUCUGUGAUGUUGACAGACUAAUGGGGUUCAAAGUGCUGAACAUGAGCUGCUUUAAGGUUUGAUGAAUACAUCACUGUCAUCAGUGCAAUACAGUCAGUGCUAUGAGCUGAUGCUGCACAUCAUUUUCUGCUGCUUGUCGAGGUUCAAUGAGUGACUGGUCUCCACUGCGAGGAGCACAAAUAUAUAUAGAUUAUAUAUAUUUGGAAAAUGCAAAUAGCCGUGAUGUUUUUUUGUUUGUUUGUUUUUUUUAUGGAUUGUAUGAAAACUAUUGGGCAAUGGCAGCUAGCUACUUGGACACUGGCAGAGACACGUGUGCCAUUGGUUACACGGGGGUGGCACAGAAACUUAUGUCUCUAUUUAUUUUUCUGAUGACCCACAUGCAGCAGUACACCAUCAGAAAUCAACAGCUGCUGAGAAACUCCUGUUCACUAAAUGUAUGUGUAGCCCCCCCCCCCCCCGGCCACCACUUGGCUGUAAACUGCAGCAUGUGUACAUCAGACAAAAUGGUGCCUCACACAUUUGUCUGCACAGUGGUCCUUACACUGAAAAAAAUAAAUGUAUGAGGGACUCAGACCUCAGAUGACUGACAGCAAUCACGCGACUUCAGAAUAUUAAACUGAGCAGAUCAAGAAAAAGAAUAAUUUGAUGGGAUUUUUACAUGUUUACAGUUGAUCAUAUUUCAGUGAUUGUUUAUGGGGGGAAAGAAGAGUGAAACACAGAAGAUGGAUGUAUGUUUAAAAACAAUAUACAUAUUUUAAACCAAAUGCAAAAGCUGGAAUUCAAAUCAAAUAAAUGAUUAAUUUAUUGCCAUUCUUAUUUAUUUUUAUGCUAAAUCCUGUAAGUAAAGAACAGUCUAAAAUAUAAUGGAUGAGGAAGAUAACUAUAUGACCCUACUUUUCAGGGAAGAAAAAAAAAAGCAUAAAUCAGCCCCCUUUUUCCCCACACACCCCUCUCUCCUAGUAAUACUUGUACAGAUGCUUAAUGAACUGUAAUAUACUUGAAGUUGACUUGACUCAUCAUUUAUAUUUUGGUUUCCAUCUUCACUGCAGUGCCGAGUUUUGCCUAUUACUUGAUUUUUUUCCAAUGGGACAUAUGCUGUGUGACAGUCAUAGCUACAGCUCAUACAUGACAUGCUGUACCUUCUACCAUAACUGUAUCCUCAGUGAAGCUAUUCAGGUGCUUUGAAUGCAUUGUCACGCUCUCCAGGGUGCACUCCUGACAUUGCAGCUGCCCACGUCCACUGUUCAUUACUAAAUGUACAUCUCAUAAGGGUAGAGAUGACCUAUGCAAAUGCCUUGUCAUGGCUGCAGAUAUUUGGAGUGAGGGGUCCCUCUGCUGGACCAUCACUGAACAUGGAGUGAAGGUUUUAUCUUGAUAGUUUAUUCUUAUGUUAUUCAGUGCAAUCUCUCCAGACUGCCACCUGUUUCCUGCUUUUUUAAAUAUUUACAGCGAUAAUUAUCGUAGACUGAGCUCAGCUGCAAAAGACAUUGCAUUCUUCAUUGUUACUGAAAGACAACAUCCAGCUUAUUGUAAUGCAAUAUUGGGGAAUUUUUAUUUAUCUACUUACAUUAAAGCACAGCUGUGAAUAAUAAUCAAAACAUCUCAGUGUAGGAUGUUGUUACACUGCUGUUAAUUUAUGGUACUAUACUGUUAAACUGUUGUACUCCACUGGCUGCUAUAAUGUAACAGCAGCCUUUUAAUGUACACUAAUGCUGAUUUCUGCCUAUGUCGUUACUGUUAAAUGAUUUAUGAAAAUUGUGUUAUAGAAUAUGAACUGAAAUCAUACAAACAAUGAUGUUUUUUUGUUCCUUUAAGAAUCUGAAUAUGUUCUCCUUUUUGUGCCAUGUACACUGUACUUGUUCUGUCUGUGUGUGUCAUCCUGGCAAAAUGUGGUCCUGGGGAAACCUGCUGUUACAGGAACUACCACACAGGUAGCUUUGAGUAGGUGUUUGUGUGUCUACAGGCAGAUUUUCUCAACACAACACCGCUCGAGAAGUCGGGAUACUUUUGAAGACGGUUGUGGUCCAAGAAGUCAUUCGUGUCAUGGCUGGUGUGAUACCCUCACAAGAAAAUAUCUAGUACAUGUUUGAUUUGUUUUAUGUGAUGAUGUAAAGUGCUAAAUAAGCUUUUAGUGCAGAACAUCAAUGGUGUGGUGCAUCUGAAUGUGUUAUACUCUUUGUGUUAGUAAAUAAAAAAAUAUAUCUUUGUGGCACAGUUUUGUAAACUGUGCCAUGUAAAGAGCUUUUUUAUGUAAAGGUAAAAGGAAAGAAGUUUCUCUAGAAAGUGCCUUAGUCUUUAGCCAAGACAGCAGUUAGGUGGUGCACAGAAAAAAAUAAAUAAAUAAAAAGAAGUAAAUAAUUACAUGAAAAAAGAAAAUCUUUACCACAUGAAAUCACAUUUUUGCUCAAUGAAAGACUGUUUAUUUUUCUUUUGGUAUGUGUCAGUGUUACACUGAGGUUCUGAUCUGCACAGGUUAUAAUACAAUCACAAAAGCUGCAAGUGGAGUGCUCUGAAUGACUGUAAAUGUUUAAUACAUGCAUAUAAGGGUGUUAUUACAGCUGUUAAAACUGGCUGAGGCCAACCAGGCAUUUAUUUCCUUUUUAUUUGUUAUCAUUCUUUGUUUAUGA